AUGGUCAGAACCUUAUUCAGUCGUCGGGAACUUCCCUGUGUCAUUCUUGGGCUUUUAUCGCUCCUCCCUCUCCUCGCGCUUGCCGCCCCCGCCCCCGCCCCACCGCAGCUCCAGCAGCGUCAGGCCCAAGCAUCCUCUCCGGUAGAUAAUGAAUGCGGCUUCAGCGGUGACGACAACACCUAUGGCCUCGGAAUUCGUAUCGGCGUGUACUUGCAAUGGGUCACCUCAGCCGUCGCAUACGGGUUCCUCCCCACCGAAGCCCAGAGCGUACGUGGUGUAAACAACUGCUUCCAAGCCGCCAUGUUCGCCGGUCUCCUCUUUAUUACAAUUACCAAAGGAAGCGAUCUCUAUGCAGUUGAAGCGUACAUGAUGCUUAUCUUCUGCAUGGGAGGGGUGUGCUCGGGCGACGCCAAAGAAGAUGGCGGCAUCUUCAAGGCAAAGAAGUUCGCAUAUCACAAAGCGUCGAACAUCGGUGGACUGAUUCGGUUUGUCCUGAGUACAGGGUUCUGUGUGUAUGGACUGUGGUUCUUUUUCACGGGGAUGGACCAUAUGAAGCACCCAGGAUGUAGCACAUGGGCCUACUUCUUUGCCAAGGUUAACCUCUACACUUGGCUGCGCACGUUUAUGAAGGCCGUUUUUGUUCUCAUGGGCAUAAUUCAUUCGAUGGUUAUAUUUUGGCCCAUCGCACAUAAGCUAUGUUGCUUCCCUACGAGCCACAAUGAAGAAAUCGACUUAGCCGUCGCCAGUUUUGGACAGUCAGAGAUAGAGCCAGAAAACACAUCAAGGUCAAAGGCGGAGAAGGGCCUUGAGAGCACGAGCAUGGUGAUACUAAGUGGUUCCUUAAUCUCGUUUAUGUUGACUGUGGAGUUGAUGAUUCGAUGGAAUCAUAUCCUUGGGGUAAAUGAGUUGGGAUCGACAGGACAGUUGUUACCGUUAAUCAUGGCUAUUGGUAGUUUUAUCAGGGUAUUGCAUCUUCUCAGGAAAGAAGGGAAGUCUACGGGGAGGUCUAUGGAUCCGGAUGACAAUGAUAUAUGUGGUGGCAGUACCAUAUGA